AUGGCACUGGUUAUAUUAUAUCAACAAAUCACAUGUGCACCGAGAUAUGCAAAAUUUACUAAUAGCUACGGCAGUUUCCUUGACGGAGAGUUGGGUGACACGAGAUCUGUUGCUGAAGCACUUGCCAAGUCAAAGCAGGUGGAAUUGGCUAAUGAAGUGUCUGAUAAAGAAGCUUAUCAAGAACAAGUGGAAAGGAUUUCUCGGAUGGCUGAGAUUGAUGAUCUCCAGGCACCUCAAGAUCCUCCCAUUGCACCUCUUUUUAUCAAGGAUCCUAGAGACUAUUUUGAUUCACAGCAAGUCAAUGCUAUAAGAACUUUGGGAGACACGCUUGCUGGGUCAAAAGAAACGAAAUGCAAAGUGAGAACAGUCGAAGCGUAUGGCUCCAUGAGAGAGUGCAUAGCCCAGAUUAAGCAUGUAGGAUUAAGUGAUCCCAUCGUUAAACCUGAAGUUGCUUUGAAGGUAUACAAUGGGUUAACCCAGACUAUUUCUAGCCCCAAGUUUCAUCUCGGGAAGAAUCCGCAGGCUAGCAAUUUAGAUAUGUUGCCUAGCUCCACGAAACACGACAUAUUACACAAUUGGACUUCUAUCCAAGAAUUGCUCAAGCAUUUCUGGUCAUCAUAUCCAAUUACUACUUCCUAUCUCUAUACUAAGGUUAACAGACUUAAAGAUGCCAUGUCAACUACUUAUACAAGGCUACAGGAGAUGCCUGCCCAGUCAGAGUUUAGGCAUGAAGUUUCCCUUCUCGUGAAGCCUAUGAUUCAGACUCUGGAUGCCGCAUUUGCGCACUAUGAUGCAGACUUGGAAAGAAGAUCAGAAAAGAGUGGAGAUAAACGAAAGGGAGGAGGAGGGUUUGUUGCAUAGGGGAAUUUGUUAUAUUUUUGGUUGGAUUAUUUGAUUUCCAUAGUUCAUACAUUCAAACUGUAGAUCA